AUGAGACCGUUUCUCCCCCUGCUCUCGAUGAGCGCCGUCGCGCAGGCGCUCUACUUCUACAUCGACGGCACCUCGCCUAAGUGCUUCUUUGAGGAGCUCCCUAAGGAUACGCUCGUUGUUGGCCACUAUACGGCUGAGGAGUGGGAUGACAGGAUCAACCAGUGGGCCAAGCACGAUGGUCUCAGCAUCUACAUCUCUGUCGAUGAAACCUUCGACAACGACCACCGCGUCGUCUCCCAGCGCGGCUCUUCUUCUGGCCGCUUCACCUUCACGGCCGCCGAUGCCGGCGACCACAUGCUCUGCUUCACCCCGUCCUCCACCUCUGGCCGCGCUGGCUGGCUCUCUCAGCACUCCCACAACGGUGGUAUCCGUCUGACGCUGGACCUCGCCAUCGGCGAGAGCAGCGAGAUUGAGAGCUCUGACAAGAGCAAGCUCGAGGAUAUCGCCACCCGUGUCAAGGACCUUAACAACCGCCUUUCCGACAUUCGCAGAGAACAGGUCUUCCAGCGUGAGCGCGAAGCCGAAUUCCGUGACCAGUCCGAGUCCACCAACGCCCGUGUUAUCCGAUGGAUGCUCAUCCAGCUUGUCGUGCUUGCCGUCACUUGCACCUGGCAGCUGUCGCAUCUGCGGUCCUUCUUCAUCAAGCAGAAGCUCACGUAA